AUGAAGCAAGUGAAGCAAAUCCAUGGUUACACUCUAAGAAAUGGCAUAGACCAAACCAAAAUCCUCAUUGAGAAUCUACUUGAAAUCCCAAACCUUCACUAUGCACAGAUGGUGUUGAACCAUUCCCCAAAGCCAACCCUUUUCCUCUACAACAAGCUCAUUCAAGCCUACGCUUCUCAUUCCCAACACCAAUGCUUCUCCCUUUAUUCCCAAAUGCGCUUUCAUGGCUUCCCACCAAACCAACACACUUUCAACUUCCUCUUCUGUGCAUGCACCUCCCUCUCUUCCCCUUCCCUUGGCCAAAUGCUCCAUAUCCAUUUCAUCAAAUCAGGCUUUGAACGUGACCUUUUUGCUAACACUGCUUUGCUUGAUAUGUAUGCCAAAGUGGGUAGUUUGGAAAUGGCUCGCCGACUGUUUGAUGAAAUGCCUGUCAAAGGGGUACCCACAUGGAAUGCUAUGAUUUCUGGGUAUGCCAGAUUUGGUGAUAUGGAAGGCGCGUUAGAGUUGUUUAGAUUGAUGCCUUCCAGGAAUGUGGUGUCAUGGACCACGAUGAUAUCUGGUUACUCGCGAAACAAACGGUUUGGGGAGGCUUUGGGUUUGUUCCUGAAGAUGGAGCAGGAGAAAGGCAUAGUGCCCAAUGAAGUAACCUUGGCAAGCAUUUUGCCAGCUUGUGCAAAUCUUGGAGCACUGGAGAUUGGGAAGAGGGUGGAAGCAUACGCAAGGAAGAAUGGGUUCUGUAAGAACUUAUAUGUAAGCAAUGCUGUGUUGGAGAUGUACGCAAAAUGUGGUAAGAUUGAUAUUGCAUGGCAGGUGUUCAAUGACAUUGGCAGGUUCAGAAACUUGUGCUCUUGGAAUUCAAUGAUCAUGGGUUUGGCUGUCCAUGGGCAAUGUUGCAAGGCCCUUGAACUUUAUGAUCAAAUGCUGGGGGAAGGAACAUCACCUGAUGAUGUGACAUUUGUGGGGCUCCUCUUGGCAUGCACUCAUGGAGGCAUGGUUGAAAAAGGAAGGCAUAUCUUCAAUUCAAUGACAGCAGCCUUCCACGUUAUUCCCAAAUUAGAACACUAUGGAUGCAUGGUUGAUCUCCUAGGCCGUGCCGGGCAAUUGAGAGAAGCUUACGAGGUAAUACAAAGUAUGCCCAUGAAACCCGACUCAGUGAUAUGGGGGGCUUUAUUGGGAGCUUGUAGCUUCCAUGGUAAUGUUGAGCUGGCUGAGAUUGCAGCUGAGUCUCUAUUUGUGCUUGAGCCUUGGAAUCCUGGGAACUAUGUUAUUCUUUCCAACAUUUAUGCAUCAGCUGGCCAAUGGGCUGGAGUUGCAAAGCUCAGGAAAACGAUGAAGGGAAGCCAAAUUACAAAAUCAGCAGGACAUAGUUUCAUUGAAGAGGGAGGGCAACUUCAUAAGUUCAUUGUGGAAGAUAGAUCGCAUCCUAAAAGCAACGAAAUUCUUGCCUUGCUUGAUGGAGUUUAUGAAAUGAUAAAGCUUAAUAGAGGUGCAUUUGAUUGUUAUUUGGAUCUUGAUCUGAGCAACUAA